GAGUUCUGUUCGAGAUAGUCUUGCGUCGGCUCGAACUGGGGCCGGCCGCUUUGCGCGUCGCCACUCGUUGCGGUCGCCCAACUUCAAACGUCAAAAACUUUACGUAAACAUUUGACUGUUUAAAAACCUGUACUCGCAGGUUUAAACUGUACUUUAUUAUUUAUCUGUGCACUUAGCGGUUCAUUAACGGGCACCGCAUUUAUUUUAUAAGACUUAAUUCAUUUAUCCCGACCAGUUUUCUAUAGGAAUAAGAUCGUGUCUUUAAUUUAGUGGAAAACGUUGAGAUUGAGUGCAUGCGAGACGCUGCUCCUGUUGCACCUUAAAUAACGGUGGUGUGACAUGAUGGCGUUGUUAAACUUAGAAAAAUGUUGCUCGUUUUUACAGCAAGCAACUACGUGAAGAAUUGCAACUAAGUUCAAUAAACCGUAUACAUUUUUAGAAAAGUUUAAUACAAUAUUUACGUUUUUGUAUUCAGAAUGAAUCUUAAACUUAUUCCUUUGUUUUUGACAUGGAACUUUCUACUAAUAGCCGCGAAAAGAGACUCUUUCGAAGAUGACGAAUCAUCUCGAUCCAGAGAGCUUAGAAACAAAGAGAAUAACCGUAACAGAACAACAUUCAACGGUACACUCACAGACCUUCCAGAAAGGAGGUAUCUGAGACACAAAAAUAGUUCCAGGUACCGCGGGGACCGACGCAGGUUUUGGGAACAUGAAGUCCGACGAGAUAGAAGAAAAGGAUUGGAUCACUCACCAGAAGACAAUAAUAACAGAACUGAACCUUAUAGUUUGAGAAAAGACGAGAAGGCACGCAAAACCGACAAACACUGGAAUAAAAGCAUGGAGAAAUUUUCAAUGAGGAAACUAAUUAACCAAACCAAAACUCAAGAGCGCUACCAUCCUCUGCCAGUGAAAGAAAAUUCUACCAGGUCUAAGAUAAAAGUGGCAAACAAAUGGCAGAAUGGUUACAUACCGUAUCCGCAGACGAGGGAACGGAAACCAAACAUAAUUUUGAUUCUCACGGACGAUCAAGAUGUGGAGUUGGGCAGUUUGAAUUUCAUGCCGAGGACAAUGAAGGCAAUACGGAGCGCUGGUGCCGAAUUCCGGCACGCUUAUACCACCACACCGAUGUGUUGUCCCUCAAGGAGUUCCUUGUUGACCGGGGUCUAUGUACAUAAUCAUAAUGUUUACACGAAUAAUGACAACUGUUCGUCGCCCAUGUGGCAGGCCACGCAUGAGACCAAAACCUUUGCCACUUACCUGUCCAACGCUGGCUACCGCACUGGUUACUUCGGUAAGUACUUGAACAAGUACAAUGGAUCUUAUAUACCGCCUGGCUGGCGCGAGUGGGGCGGCCUCAUCAUGAACUCCAAGUAUUACAACUACAGCAUCAACAUGAAUGGAAAGAAGAUUAAACACGGAGACGAUUAUCAUAGAGAUUACUACCCGGACCUCAUCGCAAAUGACUCGAUUGCGUUCCUUCGCGCUUCUAAACGAAGGUUUUCGCGCAAGCCAGUUCUGUUGGUGAUGUCGUUCCCGGCGCCACACGGGCCUGAAGACUCCGCGCCUCAAUACUCUCACCUCUUUUUCAAUGUUACCACGCAUCACACUCCUACAUAUGAUAUGGCGCCAAACCCAGACAAGCAGUGGAUCCUACGUGUUACGGAUAAGAUGAAGCCAAUACAUCGCCAAUUCACGGACCUUUUGAUGACAAAACGCCUUCAAACGUUGCAGAGCGUUGACAUGGCUGUGGAACGCGUAUAUCAAGAGUUAAAAGCUCUCGGAGAAUUGGAUAAUACGUAUUUAGUUUACACGUCCGAUCAUGGAUACCACUUGGGACAGUUUGGGCUGGUGAAAGGCAAGAGUUUUCCUUUCGAGUUCGAUAUUAGAGUGCCUUUCUUGGUGCGUGGACCUGGCGUGGAGCCCGGGACGGUUGUAGAUGAUAUAGUUCUUAACAUCGAUCUGGCCCCAACAUUCUUGGACAUGGGCGGGGUGGAGCCGCCGGCUCACAUGGACGGGAGAUCGUUGCUGCCUCUCCUGCAACCACGGCGGCGACGCCAGGCCGCGGCACACUGGCCAGACACUUUCUUAGUUGAAAGCUCGGGGCGUCGUGACAUACCAAGUCUAAACCAUCGUUCAAGGGAGAACAAGUACAGUCGAGAAAUGAAUGAGUACAGACCGACCACAAUCCUACCGUUGUCUUCAUCAGAGAGUGCGGACUUUGAAGAGGACACUGAUGAUGAUGACUUCUUGACGUUAGAUGACGACGAUGAUGAAGAGGAAAGUGCAGAGUCAGAUAACGUAGAUACUAAGAAGUCUUCAGAACCGUUACUAACAAAUGAAAGCCACAAUCCGAUAUUAGAAGCCAGCUUGGAGAAAGCACUUGAUGCCGAGGAAAUAAUUAAUAACCAGCCCAAUUAUUUAACACCUUCUGGCGCUAAGGUCUUUGAUCAAACAGCUGAUGCUAGUUUACUUGAUGGAAAAACAGCUCGCCUUGCUAUUGAUUGUUCGAAAGCUGAAUUACGAGCACCUUGCUCGGCUGGCAGAAAAUGGAAAUGUGUUCUAAUUAACGGUAGAUGGAGGAAGCACAAGUGUAAAUAUGAGGCUGAAUUUAAUUUAUCACAACCAAAGAUGAGUACAAAGAAAUGCGCGUGUUUCACUCCUAGCGGGCUGGUUUACACACGUUUAGAAACUGACGGGACAAUAGCUAGGCGACCUAGUGACGCUGCUAAGGACUUAAACAUAACAAGAAGCCGAAGAUCUAUAGACAAUGAUGUUUACGAACCCAAUACAGUAGAUAGCAUUCUAGAAGAGAACCCUAGUAUUGGGCAUUUACGAUUUAAAACUGAACCGGUAAAUGAAAUGGAAAACAAAAACAUCCAAGAAAAAAUUGACGAACUUAUCAAAGAAACGGAAGCAUUUCUUGAGGCUUAUGAAAAAACCAAAGAAACUAUAGAUCAUAAAAGAGUAAAGCGACGUGCUCAACAUUGGAAUCAUAAUAAGCACAAACAUAAAACUGAUCCAUUUGUAAAUAGUAAUGAAUCAUCACUAGAGUGUAAAAUAGAAAAAGAUGGAACUGUUAACUGUUCACAGGUUAUUUAUAAUGACUUAAAAGCUUGGCAAACUAAUAGAUUAAGUUUAGAAGAUCAAAUAAGGCAAUUGCGUACAAAACUUGAGGAUUUAAAAGAAAUAAAAAGACAUUUGAAAAUAACCAAGCCAGUGACAGAAAUGCAGACGAUGCAGCCCACUUAUGUCAAUAAUCAUCUUCAUAACAAAACUAUAACCCAUGAUCAUAACAGCUCUAAAGAGCAUUACAGAAAAACACGCUUGCAUAGACUGAAAGCGAAACACAGAAAUAGUACGUCAAUAGAUAAGAAAAUUAGACAAUCUAAUGAAUAUAUAAUACCUACGGUAGCUAUAAAAUCCAAAGACGAUGUUUUUGAUAUGCAACUAAAAAAUGAAACAAAAAUGGCUAAUGUAACAUUUAAUCAAUUAAACAAAACCACCGGUCUCGACGAUGUUAAUUUGUUCAAUGCGGAAUUACCAAAGCCUCAGGUUACUACAAUAAUUACAGAUAGCAAUUUUUACCAACAAAACAGCAUAGAGGAAGAGAAAAGUACAUUUGAAAGUGUAAUUACCCCAGCUGCACCCCUUCCAACGACGACUGAAACACCAAAACAAAAUGAAGUAUUCGGUGUGAAAAUGAGCGGCAUUCCAGGAGAAGAAAGGAAUGAGACAAUUGACAAUGAUAAAUAUUAUUCGCAAAGUGCUCGGUAUUACAGUUCUGUUAUUGAUACAUUUAUGGAAAAAUCUACGGAAACGUUAAAAAGUAGGACUACUACGACGGUGAAACCGACUACGAAUAAUUACAGCACACUUGGUCCUUUAAAUUUAGGUCCUGCGAGGCUCGAUGCAUCUGAAUAUGAGCAAAGAAAUCCGAACAAAGGCUCAUCUAAAAAUAUUGGUGUUUUUGAUAAGCCAGUUGAUGUAUUCCAAAGAAGACUUCACCCAUUGUUUAUUGAAAACGAAGACAAACAUGUUUGUUACUGUGAAGAAAAUAGGAAGUCGCGGGGCCCCGGACACAGUUAUUUAGAAGCUGCACAGAGGGCCAGAGAGGAACAAAGAAAACGGAAAGCACAGCUACUACAAAAGAAACUGAGAAAAGCUCGGAAGAGGGCUGAAUUAGAAAAAUUGUGUGAAUCAGAGCGUAUGAAUUGUUAUCGUCAUGAUAAUGACCACUGGCGCACUGCGCCGUUCUGGACAGCUGGGCCUUUCUGUUUCUGCAUGAGUACUUCAAACAACACUUAUAAUUGUGUAAGAACGAUAAACGCCACACACAAUCUACUGUACUGCGAAUUUAUUACUGGACUCGUCACUUACUACAAUUUACGCAUUGAUCCGUUUGAAACACAAAACCGGGUGAAAUAUUUGACGACGACGGAAAAGGAAUAUUUCCACAAUCAGUUGCAACAAUUACUUACUUGCCGGGGUCCAUCUUGCCGGCGAUUCUCACAUUCUAAUAUACAUGGAAGCAGUGAGGAAGCUUUUAACAAAAGGUUUGAAGAUGAUCAUGUAUACAGAGGUGAACCUGUUGGAUAUAAUGAAAGGGCAUGGCGAUGGAACAACUACGGUCGUCGUUACGCGAGGGCGAGGGAACUACAUCGAAGGCGGCACAUGAUGACAUAUUAAAUUAUUAGAUCAAAUUUUGGACAACAUUGGAAGAAAAGCUCAAAUUGCGUUUGGCAAUUUUCUAAGAUUGUUCCCUCCGAAAAAAUAAAUAAUGCUACAUGCGAAAAUGGCGUUAAGCUCACAAUUUUCUACAGCUGCGAGCAUGAGAGCGGAAAUGAGAGCAGCGGGGGAUGGUAGUAGUUAUUUAUUCUGCGACGAAGUGUCGAGGCAUGCAUAGUGUGGUUUAGCUGUUGUUACGACACUGGCCGUUUAAGAUUAUGAAAAUAAUUUGUUCAAUCAGAUCGGAUACAAUAGCAUAAGGCGUGCGUAGGCUCUUUCUAUUUCAAUUUUAGUUAUUCGUUUGAAGGGUCGGUUAUAGGUAUUUUACUUAUCGACUGAUAAAUAUAAAACUAUGCAUCGAAUGUAGUAGGGCUUCCUAUAGGGAUACGUACUAAUUGCAUGUAAUUUUCAUAUGAUAAAUAAGUAGGCCAUAGAAACCGGAUCAAGUUUUUAAUGGUAAUACAAUCCGAACUUUUCUCUAUACAAACUUGUCUUUGUUGUUUUUGUGUACGUUUAAUUAUGUACCUAAUGUUAAGUGAGCAGUAUGUUUUCCUAUAGUCAUCUGUAAUCUGUAGGUCUUUUAGCUUUAAAUGGAUAGGUAUUCUAAAUAUUGUAUAAACGUUGAGUAUAUUAUUUAGCGAUCAAUAUACUCGAAGGUUGAUGUAGAUGCUACGAACGUGUAUCAGUAUGUAUGUAGUACACUUUCUAUUUAUCUUGUAGACUUCAAUAAAGUGAUAUUAAGCUGUUGCCAUUGUGAUGAUAAUGUGUAUUGAUUGUAAUAAGAAACUCUUUCAAAGUUUUCAA